AUGCCCACCUCAAAGUCUCUGGAGGAUGAGUACUGGAUCGAAGGAUCCCGCAGGGAUGCAGUCCUUGAGGAUUUCUACAUCAUGGGCCCGGAACUCGGCAGGUAAGGAUGGGAUCUAGAAUUCCUUCUGGCUGUUUAUUAUUACAGUGGUACCUCGGGUUACAUACGCUUCAGGUUACAUACGCUUCAGGUUACAGACUCCGCUAACUCUGAAAUAAUACCUCGGGUUAAGAACUUUGCUUCGGGAUGAGAACAGAAAUCGUGCUCCGGUAGUGCGGCAGCAGCAGGAGGCUCCAUUAGCUAAAGUGGUGCUUCAGGUUAAGAACAGUUUCAGGUUAAGAACGGACCUCCGGAACGAAUUAAGUACUUAACCCGAGGUACCACUGUAUUAUCAUCGGCAUGCAUGACACUUUGGAGGGACCAAAGGGGUGGGAAGCCAUUUUAUUCUGAAGAUCACUAGUCCAUCUAGCUUAGUACAGUCUACACUGGCUGGCAGCAGCUCUCCGGGAUUUGGGGCAGGCUUACGUGGAGAUGUUGGGAAUUGCACCCGGCACCUUCUGCGUCCAAAGCAGGUGCUGAAACGCUAAGCUGUGUGAGUUAUUUCGCUGUUUGGAAAUUCCCUGUAAGAUUCCAGGCUUCAUGGAUUCGAAUACAGGACUGGUUUUAAGUUGGGACGUAACACGCCUUAUACUGAAUCAGACUAAUAAUAAUAAUAAUAAUACAGUGGUACCUCGCAAGACGAAAAACUCGCUAGACGAAAGGGUUUUUUGUUUUUUGAGCUGCUUCGCAAGACGAUUUUCCCUAUGGGCUUGCUUCGCAGGACGGAAACGUCUUGCAAGUUUGUUUCCUUUUUCUUAACGCCGUUAAUACAGUUGCGACUUGACUUCGAGGAGCAACUCAUAGAACACGGUGUGGUAGCCUUUUUUGAGGUUUUUAAAGACUUUGGUGAUUUUUGAAGCUUUUCCAUAACUUUCCCGACACCGUGCUUCGCAAGACGAAAAAAAUCGCAAGACGACAAAACUCGCGGAACGAAUUAAUUUAGUCUUGCGAGGCACCACUGUAAUAAUAAAUUUUAUUUAUAUCCCACCCUCCCCAGCCAAAGCCGGGCUCAGGGCGGCUAACAACAAUAAAACAGUACAAAAGUACAGCACAAACAACACUCUAAAAUCAUUCAUUAUAAAAUUAAUUAAUUCAAGCCACUGGCAACCAUUGGGCCAGAGCUCCGCGAAGAUUGCCGAGGGAGGGAGUCAGGCUGUGCCCUGGCCAAAGGCCUGGUGGAACAGCUCUGUCUUGCAGGCCCUGCGGAAAGAUGUCAAGUCCCGCAGGGCCCUGGUCUCUUGUGACAGAGUGUUCCACCAGAUCGGAACUAUUGGUCCAUCUAGCCCCAUACUGUCUACACGGGUGGGCAGCAGCUCUGCAGGGGCUCAGGCAAGCCACCUUUCCCAACUUUGUUUGGAAAUGCCGCUGAGAAUUGAACCCAGGACUUCAGCAGGCAUAGGAGGUGUUCUACCGCUGAGCUGCAGUCUUUCCUCUAAAACAGUAACAAGAUUCCAGUCCUCAUGUUUCCGAAUAAAAGGCUGGUUUUAAUAGGUGCCUUAUACUGAGACACUGCUCCAAUUAUUAUUAUUAUUAUUAUUAUUAUUAUUAUUAUUAUUAUUAUUGAUUUGCAUACCGCCCUUCAUCCAAAGAUGGCAGGGCAGUCCAAAGCAUAAAAACACAAAGUGCAGAAUAAAAACAAGAACGUAAACAAAGUGAACCAAUAGCCCUCCCUUCCAGAAUAUUAAUCACCCCCAAACCUGGUAGAAGAGGAAUGUUUUUGCCAGCUCCCAGUGCCAGGUUUACAUAUAAUCUAAGCAAGCUAUAGUUUAGGGCCCCACUCUCUUGGCGGCCCCCCCCAAAGAAUUAAAGGGGGGGGGACCUGGAUGUACAUUUUCGAAAUAUGAGAUAAAAAACAAAUAAAAUAAAACCUACAUCCAGCAACAGUGUUGUGUAAGCACCUAUUUGUUAUGUGCCAAUAGCUUGAGAUACCUAUUAGGUCCAUAAAUGACCAUAUAGCAUAUAUUCAACACAAAAAAACAGCAACUAUUUGUUGUUGACAAAGGACAGCUGGACAUAGAAAGGGCCCCAUUACCUUCAGUAGCUUGGGGCCUCGUCAAACCGAAAUCUGGCCCUGUCUGCUCCCUAAAGGUGUAUAAUGAAGGAGCCAGGCAAGCCACUCUGGGGAGAGAAUUCUACAAACGGCAGAGCCACUGCAGAAAAGGCCCUUGUGAUGGCCUGGGAUUCCGAUUCGGAGGAUGAAACAGAGGAAUCCCGGCCUGCACAGGAGUCCCCGCCUCCAGGGCCGGCUGAACUGGGGCAAGGCCUUGAUGCUGAAGAGCCUGCACCUGUGGCAGUGCAUCAGGAGCUGGCCCCAGGUGAAGCCCUUCGGGCCCCAGAGGGGCUUGAUGACUCAGUGGCCACAGGUGAGCCUCCUCCAGGGCCCAGUAACCCUUCGGCCUCUCCUGAUCUGCAGAGGCUUAGGGCAGAGAGGCGAAGGGAACUGGUUGCCCCAGGAGGAGUGCUCGCCUUAAGGCCAGAGGAGGCGGGGCUCCUGGGGACCGGGACCGCCCCUGGCCUUAGAAGAGGAUAAAAGCCCAGUCAGCCCGGCCCCAGGUUGCGGGAGCAACGUCGUUGUUGGCUUCGGACCUUCCUGUGUUCCUGAUCCCUGCUCGGCUUCCUGUUCCUGACUAUCCGGUACUCCUGUUCCCUGCUCGGCCUCCUGUUCCCGACCAUCCGGUGUUCCUGUCCCCUGCACAGCCUCCUGUUCCAGCAUUCCUGUUCCCCGCCCGGCUCUCUGCCUCGGACCUUGCCCCUCUUCGUGUGGACUCUGCUACACCCAAGGUACCUUACCCCCGGGACCAGCACAGCCCUGCUCUCGUGUUUCCAACAUCCGGACCUCAUGUGGAGGAGGCACACAAAGAAUGGUGCCAGGAUUGUUGACACGGUCUGGCAGCGGCUCUCCAGGGGUCUCAGGCAGGGGAAAUAUUUCCACACACACCCCGGAGAUGCUUUUGGGGACUGAAUUGGGGAAAUCUGCCAGCAAAGCAGAUUGCCCCAACCAUAGGAGUUCCCUUACUGUUUAAAGGUAAAGGUAAAGGACCCAGUCAAAGGCGACUCUGGGGUUGCGGCGCUCAUCUUGCUUUCAGGCCAAGAGAGCCGGUGUUUGUCCUCAGUCAGCUUUCUGAGUCAUGUGGCCAGCAGAACUAAAACGCUUCUGGUGCAACGGGACACCGUGAAGGAAACCAGAGCACACGGAAACGCCGUUUACCUUCCCAUCACGGUGGUACCAAUUUAUCUACUUGCCCAGGCGUGCUUUCGAACUGCUAGGUUGGCAGGAGCUGGGACAGAGCAACGGGAGCUUACCCCGUCGUGGGGAAUCGAACCACUGACCUUCUGGUCGGCAAACCCAAGAGGCUCGGUGGUUUAGACCACAGCGCCACCCACGUCUGUUAGCUCAGUAUUGUCUACACUUACCGACAACAGCUCUGUGGGAGGUUGGUGAGGACUGUGGCCUGGGAGAGUUUUGGGGGCCAGACACCAAGGUCUGGAGGGCCGCAUGUGUCUGCAAAUGUCUAAUUCUUUCCAAAAAAAAUAUAUUCCUUUUUCCUUUUGGUGCCCCUGUUGUGCUACUGCCCCUAAGCACGUGCUUAAAUCUGCCUAGCGGGCAAUCCAGUCUUUUGCCCUUCAGGGUUCAGACCCCACCCCACCUUGUACUGCCCCCCUUUGAUUUUCACAACAAAAGAUGUUAGAUGUUAGAUGUUAGAUAAAUUUAUUGUCAUUGUCCGUAUAUACACAGUAUACACAACAACGAAAAUCAAACACCCACUCGAAGACCGGGUUCACAUACACAUUUGCACGUAUCUCCAACACUCUCAUCCUAUUCAGACAUAAUCUAUAAAAACAUAUCAUACUCCAGAAUGUAACAUAACCUAUUAAAAGCAUAACAUAACCUAAAAACCUGUCUCAUUCCUUCCUACUCCCUGCUUGCUAUUCCUUGCAACUGGCCCUGAGAUCAUUAUUUAGUGCAAUCAGAGCUCUUGGAUAGAAACUAUUCAGAAGGCGUGUGGUCUCGUGUUUUCAUUGUCCUAUAUCUUCUGCCCGAAGGCAACAGUUCAAAGAAGUUGUGAGCAGGAUGGGUGGGAUCUCUCAGGAUAUUGUGUGACUUCUUCAAAGUGCGAGACGUGAAGAUCUCAUCCAGGGUUGGUAGUUGGAGCCCAAUAACAUUCUGGGCAAUUUUAAUUAUUCUCUGUAAAGCUUUUUAUCCGUUUCAGAGCUGCUCCCAUACCACGAUAAUAUACUAUAUGUUAAGACACUCUCGAUGGUACUGUGAUAAUAGGACAGAAGUAGGUGCUGAGAUAGAUUCAGUCCCCUGAGCAUUCUCAGGAAAUACAACCUCCCCUGCACCUUCCUCACAACCAUAUUAAUAUUUACAGUCCAUGAGAGGUCCUCAGAGAUGUAAGUGCCCAGGUAUUUAAAACUACCAACCCUCUCCACCUCCUCGCCAUUUAUGUGCAAUGGUAAAAAUACGCUUUUCUUUCUCCUAAAGUCAAUUAUGAGUUCUUUGGUUUUUUUGGUGUUAAGCAUAAGAUUGUUUUCUUUACACCAUUGAAUUAACCCCUGUACUUCUUUCCUAUAAGCAGUCUCAUCGUUCUCACUAAUGAGCCCCACCACUGUUGUAUCAUCCGCAAAUUUGAUGAUUGUGUUGGACUCAUACAGUGGGGUGCAAUCAAAUGUGUACAGGGAAUAGAGAAAGGGACUUAGCACACAUCCCUGAGGGGCUCCUGUGCUUAAUACUAGAGUAGAAGAAUAGUAAGGGCCCAUUCUCACUGUCUGCGGCCUAUCAGUCAGGAAAUUCCUUACCCACAGACAGAUCUUCUGAUGUAUACCCAAAUUGGUCAUUUUAAGAAAUAACCUGUCUGGCAGAAUUGUAUUGAAGGCAGAACUGUAGUCCACAAACAACAGCCUUGCGUAGGUUCCCUGUCGUUCUAGAUGACUCAGUACAGUAUGGACAGCGAUGGAAAUAGCAUCAUCAGUAGAUCUAUUUCUUCUGUAUGCAAACUGGAACGGGUCUAGAGUGGAUGGAAGACCAGCCUUAAUAUGAUCUAGCACCAAUCUCUCAAAACAUUUCAUAACGACAGAUGUUAAGGCUAUUGGUCUAUAGUCAUUGAGAGAUACCACCACUGACUGCUUGGGGACUGCGAAACUCUGCAUGGGAGUCAAUCCCAUUGCGCUCAGCAGUCGAGAAGCACUGGUUCGCAUUCUGCACCUCUGGGUGCGCAUGCCUGCCACCAGAAACACGCCUGGGCAGAUGUCUCACACCCCGGCCAAGCUGCCAAGGACUGCUUUGAACUGACAAUAACAAAUCAUAAAACCAACUCUCGCUCGCUUUUUUCACUAACCUGAAGAGCAAGCACCCUCUUGCCAUUUUUGUCCACAACCCUGCGAGGUUAGGUGAGUCUGAGAGGCUGGCCACACCCAAAGCCACACACCCUGGGAUAUUCAUGGCCGAGUAAAGAGAUUUGAACCCUGGUCUCUCUCAGGUCGUAGCCCGACAAUCUAACCACUUCACAACACAGAUAGUGAUGAUGCUUAGCAGGAUAUUUAGUUUCCUUGGGUGGUGUUUAAUCACUUGGUGAACAUUCAAGCGGUGGUGGCGCUGUGGGUUAAACCACAGAGCCUAGGACUUGCCGAUCAGAAGGUCGGCGGUUCGAAUCCCCGCAAUGACGGGGUGAGCUCCCGUUGCUCGGUCCCUGCUCCUGCCAACCUGGCAGUUCGAAAGCACGUCAAAGUGCAAGUAGAUAAAUAGGUACCGCUCUGGCAGGAAGGUAAAUGGCGUUCGCUGUUCUGCUCUGGUUCGCCAGAAGCGGCUUAGUCCUGCUGGCCACAUGACCCGGAAGCUGUACGCCGGCUCCCUAGGCCAAUAAAGCGAGAUGAGCACCGCAACCCCAGAGUCGGCCACGACUGGACCUAAUGGUCAGGGGUCCCUUUACCUUUUACCUUUAGUUUCCUUGGGUGGUGUUUAAUCACUUGCUGAACAUUCAAGCGGCGGUGGGGGUAAAUGUGUUGGGUUUUUAGGAAGCUCCUGGCAUGCUCUUCUAGUAAAUACACAUUGAGAUGUGUUUUUAAAACGCUUAUAUUUGGGGGAUAUUAAUCCUGAUCAGUGCGGUGGCUGUAACAGAGCCGUUGGGUAAAUCCUUAAUUAGGGACAUAGAGUCUCUCUCUCUCUCUCUCUCUGGCUCUCCCAGGGAGGGAGGGAGAAACAGCAGAAUUCAUUUCACUGUUUCAUCGCCUUUCUUUCAGUCUUGCCACCGCCUCCAUGGUAUCUCUCUUAAGGCAUGCUCAGCCAAAUUGAACAAACAGACACCUUAGCCUUUGUUAAUUUUCCAUCUGGCUCAUGGGAGUGAGAGAAGAACAGAUGCUUUCACUUAAGAGUUUAUCUGCAAUUUUGCAAAAGCCCUUUCUUAAGCAUGCCGCGCCUCUCUAGUCAUGACUCCAGCCCCCCUUUAACAACACGCAAGGUUGCUCUGCUUGCAAAAUUCAGCUUCCAAAGAAUAUCCUUCCUAACUUGCACUAGCAAGUGCCUAUAUGUAGCAGAGUUAUAGGUAAAGGUAAAGGGACCCCUGACCAUUAGGUCCAGUCGUGGCCGACUCUGGGGUUGCGGCGCUCAUCUCGCUUUACUGGCCGAGGGAGCCGGCGUACAGUUUCCGGGUCAUGUGGCCAGCAGGACUAAGCCGUUUCUGGCGAACCAGAGCAGCGCACGGAAAUGCCAUUUACCUUCCCGCUGGAGCGGUACCUACUUAUCUACUUGCACUUUGACAUGCUUUCGAACUGCUAGGUUGGCAGGAGCAGGGACAGAGCAACGGGAGCUCACCCUGUCGCAGGGAUUCGAACCGCUGACCUUCUGAUCUGCAAGUCCUAGGCUCUGUGGUUUAACCCACAGCUCCACCAGCAUCCCAGAGUAGUAGCAGAGUUACAUUCCCCUUUUUACAUGCACAGCAGAUAGUUGGCUGCAGGCUUGUGUGAGCCGCUCACUUUUAUACAGUUCAACCUGUCUCAGAUUGAAUUGUACAUUCCUGGUAAGUUUCCUUGAAUCCCUCUUCAAAGAAUAAAGACGCGACAAUCUUAUUCAAAGUCAAUAAAAGAAGUUGACUCACAUCAGUUCACACUUGGAUUCCUGAAGGCAGACUUAGUUACAAAUAGGUACAUGCGGAUCUACCCCAUAUGGGGGAAUAAUCCCAGUGAGAGCUAGCAGAGCAGUCCUAGCUAAAAGCUGGUCAAACAAAGAAGGAAGUCAAAAAGAGAGGGAAGGGUGCUGCGUGAUUCGUCCUUUUGUUACCUGGACAGGUUAGGUCAUGCCCACCUUCUGUCACAUGCAAAAGGAAGGAUGCUCCAGCCAGGAGGAACAGGAAGUUUCGACUGGCUGGACCAAACAUUCCCUCUCAUGUCUUCUCUAGCAUUACAAGGAAUGUUGUACUUGACUGCCUCUCAUGGAUCACAUCCUACAAGAAUUUCAACUUACCUAUCUCUUCUUCUUUUACCCUCCUUUAGAACUUUCCAUGUGCAUGGAGAAUAUGUCAGGUGAAUCUCAGCGUAAUGCAUGGAAAUGUGUCUGGACGGACAGCGUGGUGUAAUGAUUAGAGUAGACAUUCCCAAAGUGAGGAGUACUGCCCCCUGGAGGGCGGUGGGGUUACCUCGUAGGACACUAAAAGGCAAGGGGGCAGCAGAGGAGCGCUGGAGGUGUAAAUCAGACUUUAAAAAGCUCCUCUCCUAGGUUCCUAUUUAAAUCAGCCCUUUAUUCCGAAUCAUGAGGACUGGACUGUUGCUCUACCUUGGUUAUUAAUCCCGAACACCGCAAGCCUGGAAGAGAGUGUUCUGUUUUGCGGACGUUUUGCGGAAGGCAGACGUCCGACGCAGCUUCUGAUCAGCUGCAGGCGCUUCCUGCGCUCAAUCGGAAGCCGCGUCUCAGUUUUCCAACGGUUCCGGGAGUCAAACGGCCUCCCGGAACAGAUUACCGUAUUUUUCGCUCUAUACGACACACCAGACCACAAGACGCACCUAGUUUUUGGAGGAGGAAAACAAGAAAAAAAAACAUUCUGAAUCUCAGAAGCCAGAACAGCAAGAGGGAUCGCUGCGCAGUGGAAGCAGCAAUCCUUCUUGCUGUUCUGGCUUUUGAGAUAGCUGUGCAGCCUGCAUUCGCUCCAUAAGACGCACACACAUUUCCCCUUACUUUUUAGGAGGGGAAAAGUGAGUCUUAUAGAGCAAAAAAUACGGUAGGUUCGACAACCAAGGUACCACUGUAUUUGUUUUGGAAAUGACCACAGCCCGCCAAUCAGUUCAGACAAUGCUGAUCUAACUGGGCCAGUGGCCUGACUCAGCGCCAGGAAGGCUCCUGUUGCUCCAUCUCCACCAAAGAUGGAGUUUCGGGCAUUUUGUCAGCAUCUGACGUCAAAGUCGGUUUUGCUUAUGCUGCUGGAAAUAUACAGAGAUGUGGGCAGGAUGAGAUUGCAAAGGAUCUGGGGAGGGAAGGGGCAAAGUGAGCACGGCUAAUUUUACUUUCCCAUCCACCUGCUGCUGAAGAUAAUGAGGUUCGGCGGAACAGAUGCCAAAACCAGGCUAUUCUUAGCGAGAGGAAGUAUAUCUGGUGCAGAUUCCGGAGACGCUGCAAUUUCCAUCAUCCUGAUGGAUGUUAAGAGCGGCUGUUUCCUAUCAUUUCCAUUUCACUUUUAAUUUGCACGGCGCCUUUUCAAUAUUGCUGCAAGGCGGUUUGCAGCGACGAAAUGUACAACAAAGACCAGACGCCUUAUAAAUAAUCAAUCAAUCAAUCAAUCAAUCAAUCUUUAUUACGGUCCGGAGACCCAACAAAUCAUUACAAAUCAAUACACAUUUCAGACAAGCCUUCCUCCAGGUUAAACAAGCAUUUUGUUUAGAAUAUAGGGCUCAUUUGUUCUUGCAACCACCGAUAAAAACUUUGCCACUGCUAACGUUCUAGCGUUUGUCCGGUCUUCCAGUAGGGACCUGACAUAGUGAGCCUCUGAUUUUCCCGGGAAAGGUACCAGCAAGGGUAGUAUCAGUUCAGCCCUGGCUUGCUCAUAUUUUGCACAAUGCAACAAAAUAUGUUUUAUGGAAUCGAUGUCUUGAGCACACGAGCAAAGUCUGUCCUGGUAGGGAACUCCUCUCAGCACUACAGAAGGAAAGACGUUUAGUCUGGCUUUGGUGAAAAGCCUUCGGUAGUUUGGUACUUUCAGGUUUUUAAUGUAAGAUGUUGACUUAAAGACAUACCCAUAUUGAACUUCUACUGCCAGCGGACUACAGACUGUGUUCGCAAGUCACUGUGUACAUUAUCCCAUAAUCUUUGCUUUAAAAUUUUUUGAGCGCCUUCAUAACCCAGGUAAUACACUUGCGGGGGAGACAGACCAAUAGGGGUGACUUUUUUAGCCAUGGUUUUCUGCCAUUUGGUGACAAAUUCCUCAUUGGUCAGGUGUUGGUACAAAUCCUUCCCUAGAUUAAACACUGAAAUCCCGAGCUAAUGUCCGAUACAAAAAGGUCUUAACUUUGAAAUGGAACGGCAUAUAUAUAUAAAAAAAGAAAUAUUCAAUAAUCCUUUGGGAUACGAUAGUGCGCAUCAAAGUUAACUCUCAAGACAUGAGCAAAUAAUGGAACAGAAACAGAAAUUCACUCUUAAGUUCCAAUAAAUAAUUGCCCCAGCUAUGAUCUUUUUAAAAACAUUUUUUGAUUCAUUUUCACUUUUAACAUUUAUCAUCAUACAUAAAUUAUCAGAUGUCAAGGAAAUAAAACAACUACAGUGAUACCUUGGGUUAAGUACUUAUUUCGUUCCGGAGGUCCGUUCUUAACCUGAAACUGUUCUUAACCAGCACCACUUUAGCUAAUGAGGCCUCCUGCUGCUGCCGCGCAAUUUCUGUUCUCAUCCUGAAGCAAAGUUCUUAACCUGAAGCACUAUUUCUGGGUUAGCAGAUUCUGUAACCUGAAGCGUCUGUAACCUGAAGUGUAUGUAACCCGAGGUACCGCUGUAUCUGACUUUUAGAAGACAUCUGAAGGCAGCCCUGUUUAGGGAAGUGUUUAAUGUUUGAUGUUUUAUUGUGCUUUUAAUUCUGUUGGGAGCUGCCCAGAGUGGCUGGGAAGAUCCAGCCAGAUGGGCAGGGUAUAAAUAAUUUAUUAUUAUUAUUAUUAUUAUUAUUAUUAUUAUUAUUAUUAUUAAUUUUGGCGGGUAUGCAGGUGUCCCUGGCUGCACCUCAGGAAGCCAACUCCCAGGCUGUGCGACGCACGAGCCACUUCGCUCCCCCCCCCCCCCCGAAGCAUUUCUUGUCAGCCUGUGCUGAUCCCGAAGCAUUUCUUGUCAGCCUGUGCUGAUCAGCAUGUAAUCUCCCCGUAAACACAAAUUUGCCAAUCUGCUCAGAAGGGACGGAGGCCGUCAAGUCCCCAGGCCUGGGCCAGACGGGGUCCCUUUCAGGCUCCAAAGCCGCUUAAAGGUUUAGAGCUUCUUUAGCAUUGCGGUUUUUAAUUAAAAACUGUUUUAGCAAAGGCAAGCCAGAAGCACACAUGAGGACUGGGGGCUGGUCUCUAUAAGUCCCUUCUGCACCCAGCUGUGUGGAUCCGAAAUCCCAGGAAAGGCCAAACUUCCCCAUCCUAGUGCUGCCACCCCCCCCCCAAAAAAAAAAGUUUGCUGGACCGAAAUUUGAAUCUGGCGGUGUAGUUCUUCAAAUGCACAUACCAAAUGCACCUUGGUUCUCAAACGCCUUGGUUCUCAAAUAACUUGGAACCCAAACACUGCAAACCCGAAAGUGUUCCAGUUUGUGCACUUUUUUCAGAAGCUGAACGUGCUCCGUUUUGAGUGUUAUGUUUUCGAUUUGAGUGCCACACUUCUAUUUUAAGGUCUGUCUGUCUGUCUUUGCUAUUUAUUUUGCGUUUUUGUUUUUGCGGCUCUUUUUUUGUUUUGUUUUUGUGACUGUGUGGAACCCAGUCCGGCUAUUGAUGAAUUGAUUGUGUGACUGCAGUACGUUGAUUAUUGCUUUCGUUUUAUGGAUCGAUGGUCUCGUUAGAUAGUAAAAUCUAUGUCGAAUUGCUGUUUUAGGAGUUGUUUUUAAAAGUCUGGAGCGGAUUAAUCCGUUUUGCAUUGCUUUCUAUGGGAAAGCGCGCCUCGGUUUUGGAAUGCUUUGGUUUUGGAACGGACUUCUGGAACGGAUUAAGUUUGAGAACCAAAGUACCAGUGUAUAAGGGGGAAAGUGUGCACUGAAAAUGCAUGUUAGUAGAAUAUGCUUCGCAAAACAGUUUACACGAGUCAAAACGUGCUUGUUGGGGUAAGUGGUGACAUGAUAUCGAUGCCUGUAAAAUUAUGCCUGGCAUGGAAGAAGUGGGUGGAGGAAUGUUUUCCUCCCUCUCUCUAACACUAGAACUUGUGGAUGAAGCCAAAUGUUGGAAGAUUCAAGGGCAGAAAUAAAGAAAGCCCCUCUUCAUGCAACCUGCAGAACUCGCUGCCACAGGAGGCGGCAAUCGCCACCAACUUGGGUGGCUUCGGUUUUAUGGUUAAUCAGUUUGCGCAAUUCCAUUUAGGUGGGAAUUCCCUCAAGGAAUAUCCUUUACCUUUAAAGGGAGAAAGGUCAAAGUUAGAACAUUGGAAGAGAGAGACAAAUUUUUGGCUACAUACGGAGAGGACCUUCAAAAGGAAUUGAAUUACCUUCUGGGCCUGGGGCAAAGCCAGCAUUAACACCAGCACCUGGGGAACCUGAAGAUCCAGAGAAGACACCACCCCUGGAGAAAUAACCAGAUAGAUCCAGGAUGUCUCUGCAAUUGCUGAGUUGGAACAUUAAUGGUUGUAACAUUCCGGAAAAAGGAAGAAAAUAUUUCAUAUAUUAAAAAAGAACAAUUGGACAUUAUCUGUUUACAAGAAACACAUGUGACGAGGCUCCACAGAAAAGUGUUAAUAAAUAAAAGAUUGGGCCAGGAAUUUGUUUCGUCGGACAAAGUUAAGAAGAGAGGCGUGGUGAUAUAUGCAAAAGAGAGCCUGUCACCUAAAUUCUUAUUUAAAGAUGAACAUGGAAGAAUUUUGGCCAUUGAGAUACAAUAUCAAGGAGAGAAACUGUUGAUAUUAGGAAUCUAUGCACCUAAUGAAGGGAAAUCGGAAUUUUACAAGAAGCUGCAGGGGACAAUGCUGGAAUAUCUGGAUUACAACAACAUCAUAAUGAUGGGAGAAAUGUACUUGGUCGUGUCAACUAACAUGGACAAGUCACAAAGUCAAAAUGUUACAAAAGACGGCAGACUACCUAAAACUUUUUUGAAAUGACUGACAAUAUGGAUUUGAUUGACAUUUGGAGGACAAAGAACCCACUAGGUAGAGAAGGAACAUUCUUUUCUGAAGCCCAACUGACCUGGACAAGAAUCGACCAAAUAUGGAUUUCCAGAGGCCUGGCACCUAAGGUCAGAAAAGUGGAAAUCUGCCCAAAGACCUGCUCUGACCAUAAUGCAGUAAAGAUGGAUAUGACACUACUACCAACUGGAUCCUUUAGAUGGAAGAUGAAUGACAAUUUGUUUAGAGAUCAGGAAAUUACCAAGAAGGCCCAAAAAGUUUUGAAGGACUAUUUUGAGAUAAACAUGAACAAUUCGGUGGAAAAAGAAUUGUCUGGGACGCAAGCAAAGCUGUAAUGAGGGGAUUCUUGAUACAACAGAAUGUAGUAAAGAAAAGAACACAAAAUGAGAAAAAGAUAAGAUCUUGGACAAAUUAAAAGAAUUAGAGAAGAAAUUAAGAGCGAAUCCAAAGUCACAGCCAACUCUGAGAGAAAUUAAACUCUAUCAAACACAAUAUUCUAAAUUGAUAAAUCAGGAAAUUGAAUGGAAGGUUAAAUUAAUGAAACAAAAACGUUUGAGUCGGCGAAUAAAUGUGGAAAACUGCUAGCUUGGCAGUUGAAGAGAAGACAAAGAUUAAACACGGUUACAAACUUAGAGGUUGAUGGAAAAAACAUUCAGAAUCCAGUGGAUAUUAGAAAGUGUUUCCAGAGAUAUUUUAAAAAUUAUACACCCAAGGGCCGCAAGACGAAGUUGAGAUUAAACAAUUUUUGCCAAAAAUGGACUAUCUAAAUUGUCACAAGAAAACAGGACAAUCCUGAACUCUAAAAUAACACGACAGGAGAUUGAACAAGCUAUUCAGAACAUGCAACUUGGCAAAUCUCCAGGGCCAGAUGGGCUGACCUCCAAGUAUUAUAAGACAUUAAAAGACUAUUUGAUACAACCCUUGAUGGAGGUCAGCAAUGAAAUUAUGGAGGGGAAGAGGGCACCGGAUUCGUGGAAGGAAGCGUUCAUCACAUUAAUACCAAAGUCAGAAGCUGAAAAGACACAACUGAAGAACUACCGUCCCAUCUCUCUUUUAAAUGUGGAUUACAAAAUAUUUGCAGAUAUUUUGGCAAGUAGAUUUUAAAAAGUAUUAAAUGAAGUAAUUCAUAAGGACCAGGCCGGUUUUCUCCCAGGUAGACAUCUGUUUGCUAACACAAGGAACAUUAUUGACAUCUUGGAACUUCUGCAAACAGAUAUAAAUACAAAAGCAGUUUUAAUUUUCAUAGAUGCGGAGAAGGCCUUUGACAAUAUUUCCUGGAAAUUUAUGAUGGGAAAUUUAAAAGAGAUGGGAGUGGGACGGGGUUUUGAGAAUGGGAUUGAGGCGAUAUAUUCAGAACAGAAAGCUAAACUGAUAGUUAAUAAUGUGGUCACAGAAGAGUUCAAAAUUGAAAAAGGGACACGACAAGGUUGCCCUAUUUCCCCUUUGUUAUUUAUUUCGGUUCUGGAAGUGCUACUGAACAUGAUUAGAGGGGAUCGGUUGGUGGAAGGAAUUCAGGUUGGUCAGAAACAAUAUAAACUAAAAGCUUUUGCAGAUGACCUGGUUUUGACCCUGCAGAAGCCAGAGCCCAGUACGAAAAGAGUAUUACAAUUGAUUAAUGAUUUUGGUCGGGUGGCGGGAUUUAAAUUAAAUAAACAGAAAACUAAGGUUUUGGGGAAAAAUUUGACUGAUACAGAGUCAGAACGGUUUCAGAAUGAGACGGAACUUAAUGUGGUUAAAAAGUAAAAUACCUAGGGGUAAACAUAACAGCAAAAAAUCUAAGUCUAUUUAAGGAUAACUAUGAAAAAUGUUGGGCAGAAAUUAAGAGAGACUUAGACAGUUGGUCAAAAUUGAAACUUUCUUUGUUAGGCCGAAUUGCUGCUAUUAAGAUGAAUGUAUUGCCAAGGAUGUUGUUUUUAUUUCAAACACUUCAGGUUUUGGACAAAACGGAGUGCUUUCAGAAGUGGCAGAGAGAUAUUUCGAAGUUUGUCUGGCAGGGCAAAAGCCCAGAAUCAAGUUUAAGAUAUUAACUGAUGCAAAACAAAGAGGGGCUUUGCCCUGCCGGACUUAAAGUUGUAUUAUGAAGCCGCAGCGUUCUGCUGGCUAAAAGACUGGCUACUUCUUGAAGACACUGAUGUGUUGGAUUUGGAAGGGUUUAAUAAUGUUUUUGGAUGGCAUGCAUAUUUAUGGUAUGACAAAGUUAAAGCAAAUAAGGCCUUCAAGAACCAUAUUGUCAGAAAAUCAUUGUAUAAUGUCUGGACAAAAUAUAAAGACUUGCUGGAAAAUAAAACACCAAGGUGGCUUUCACCUUUGGAAGCUAAGGCUCGAAAAAGACCCAAUAUGGAGGCUAAAUGGCCAAAAUAUUGGGAAAUAUUAGAAAAGAUGGAGACAAUUGGAAAUUGCAGAGUUUGGAGAAAAUGAAAGACAAAGUGCGAGAUUGGUUACAUUACGCUCAGAUUAAAGAAGUUUUUAAAAAUGAUAAGAAACUAGGGUUCCAGGUGGAGAAAUCGAAAUUAGAAACAGAAUUGUUAGAACCAAAGACUAAGGUACUUUCAAGGAUGUAUAACUUGCUGUUGGAAUGGAAUACACAAGAUGAAAUGGUUAAAUCGGCUAUGAUAAGGUGGGCACAGGACAUUGGGUAUAAUAUUAUGUUUGAGGACUGGGAAAAGUUGUGGAGUAAUGGAUUGAAAUUUACUGCAUGUAACGCUCUGAAAGAAAAUGUAAUGAAAAUGAUUUAUAGAUGGUAUAUGACCCCAGUUAAACUUGCAAAAAUUUACCACCUGUCUGAUAAUAAGUGUUGGAAAUGUAAAGAGUGUGAGGGAACGUUCUUCCACCUCUGGUGGACCUGCCCUAAAGUGAAGGCGUUCUGGGAAAUGAUUUAUAAUGAAUUGAAAAAGGUAUUUAAAUAUACCUUUACCAAGAAACCAGAGGCUUUCCUUCUGGGUAUUGUCAGCCAAGGGGUGGCAAAGAAGGACCAGACAUUUUUAUGUAUGCAACAACAGCAGCAAGGAUACUUCUUGCAAAACAUUGGAAAACUCAAGAUUUACCCACACUGGAAGAAUGGCAGAUGCAACUGAUAGACUACAUGGAACUGGCUGAAAUGACCGGCAGAAUCCGUGACCUGGGAGAAGAGAGAAUCGAGGAGGAUUGGAAGAAAUUUAAGAACUAUCUACAAAAAUAUUGUGAUUUGAGUGAAUGCUAAAUAAGAUGCUAGACUAAAUAACUGAGCACCACUUAACUUAGAAGUUUUUAAGAAAAUAAGUAAGACUGUGAAAGUUUAACUCUCUAUGAGAACUAUAAGAUUAUGAAACAUUGAAGAGAUAUAAGAAUUUAAAUAAGAUGAUAAAUUGCUGACAAAAUGUUAUAACGAUGAAAGUGGGAGCGGGGAUGUGAGGAAGUCCAAAGAAAAUGUGAAACUAUGUUAAGACAAAUGUUAUAUUGUUUAUUAUGUUUAUUCUUAUUGUAAAAUCCAAUAAAUUGCUUUAAAAAAAAAAAAAAUAAUCAGUUUGAGGGUUUUAUUCCCCUGCAAUCGAGCAAUAUAUAAAUUAUGAAAGAAAAAUAUAUUCAAACACAGUUCUGACCAUCCCUUCCUGCAAUGAUUUCAAUAGUUCUUUAGCUUGCCUCCUGAAAAAUUAUGAUCCAUUCUCAAUUACAGUGCAAUAGUGACAUCACUGUUUUAGGUUACUUGUUUGUUUGAUAUCCUGUCCUUCAGUUGAACUUUGAAGGGGGAAUUACAGCAUAUAAUGAUAAUAAAAAAGAAAAACGCAACAGCUGCAAAAAAAUUAAUAAGAUUCCCAAUAAGGUAAAGGGACCCCUGACCGUUAGGUCCAGUCGUGGCCGACUCUGGGGUUGCAGCGCUCAUCUCGCUUUAGUGGCCGAGGGAGCUGGCGUACAGCUUCCGGGUCAUGUGGCCAGCAGGAGUAAGCCGCUUCUGGCGAACCAGAGUAGCGCACAGAAACGCCGUUCACCUUCCCGCCGGAGCGGUACCUAUGGAUCUACUUGCACUUUGAGGUGCUUUCGAACUGCUAGGUGGGCAGGAGCAGGGACCGAGCAACGGGAGCUCACCCCGUCAUUGCGGGGAUUCGAACCACUGACCUUCUGAUCAGCAAGUCCUAGGCUCUGUGGUUUAACCCACAGCGUGAAUAGCCUAAACAGAGAGUAGCAUUGAAAGACCUGUGAUUGGUACCAGAAAGACAAUUAAGAUGUCAUUUACACGCUAAGCUUCUUUCUCAGAUACUUAAAACUCAGAUGAAAUAGCAAAAAUAAAUGAAUAUAAAUAAACACGUUGAUAUGGCUUCUGACAAUUCCCUGGUUGGUCUUUUCUCCCAGUGGGAAUAAGAUCUAUUGCUUAUUUUCUUUAAAAAAAAAAUAUAGGAAAAAACUCCUUCUGUAUAUAUAUUCUGGGAGGGGCGAAUGUGUGAUCACCUCUCUCUGUCCCCCGUUUCUCUAGGGGAGCCACGUCGGUGGUGUACAGUUGUGAGGAGAAAGGAACUAACGUCCAAUAUGCUGCCAAAAUAUUGAAGAAAACGGUAAGUGCCAAUCCCAUCUCACUCCUGUUAACGGAAAAAUCCGAGGGCUCCCUUGGACAAAAACAAAGACACCAACCAGGAUAACUUGGAGCAAAACAGCAGCCUGUAGGCUUGGCCUUUAUUGAACUGUUGCAACAGGGUGCUGCCCUCACUUGCAGGAGAGAGGAAGGACCCAGAAAAAUGGUGUGCAAGGCCUUAUAAAGACUUUUGGAAUUGCCACCCUGUAGAUCAAGACCACCCCCAGAAACAUCAUACAUCACAAAAAGGAGCGGUUGAGGGAGGAGUUGUGGUGGUAACCCGAGAGUCUUGUCACCUGGCUGGUUCCCCCUUUCCCCCUCCCCAUGAGUACUUUCCAGGGGACAGAGGGGAGUUUGCAGUUUCCUGCCCCCAGAGGGAAGAUCUGAUCAUUGUCCUUUGUUCCAGUCCGUGCUGAAUCCACUCCCACAGGCAAGUUCUUUGUGAUCUUGAUGGUCUUCUGUCUAGGACCAUCAGGGUUGGCAUAGCAACUGGGCAGGGCUCCUGUGGAUGUGCUGGGAUGCUCAAGGGAUUAUGGCUGGCCUGUAUCAAACCUUCCCCAUUUUGUAGUCCUUCCUUCAUGGAGUAAAAUAAAAGUGGAACGGUGCAAAUCCGAUGUAUGGUUGAUUUUCUAUGAAUUAAUAACAGAAGCAUAGUGCAUGUAGUGUGUGGGUGUGAGUGUGUGUGAAGUGUGUGAAGUUUGUACAAACUGAAUGAUGGGGGGGGGGGUUCCUGUGACACUCCAAAUGAGGAAUGAUUAGAUGAGGCUGCUUGUUCUUUGCAGGGAUUCCUCACUCCACCUCUAGGUCAGAGUGGGACAAACAGAGUCUAAGAGAAGGGAGUGAUCAUCAGGUUUGGCCAGAAUUCAUCUAUACUUGCUCCCUGUGUCCCUGCUGACCAUCAGCAGGUCUUUCCAAGUUGGCAAAAACAACGGGAAAAUGGUGGGGGGUCCUUGAGUUGCACUCUAUUCUUCGUUUUCAGAUCGACAAGAAAAUCGUCAGGACCGAAAUCGGUGUGCUGCUGAGGCUGUCGCAUCCGAAUAUUGUAAGUUAAGGGGAGUUGGCGAAAAGAGCACGAUGUUUGGGAUAGAACGGGUGUGUCAGAGAGUGGAUGACCUGGGGGGGUGGGAGAGAGUUCCGCAGGUCAGGGGCCUGCCACACCAAAGGCUUGAACCCUGUUGUUGUUGUUUAGUUGUUUAGUCGUGUCCGACUCUUCGUGACCCCAUGGACCAGAGCACACCAGGCACUCCUGUCUUCCACUGCCUCCCGCAGUUUGGUCAAACUCAUGCUGGUAGCUUCGAGAACACUGUCCCACCAUCUCGUCCUCCGUUGUCCCCUUCUCCUUGUGCCCUCCAUCUUUCCCAACAUCAGGGUCUUUUCCAGGGAGUCUUCUCUUCUCAUGAGGUGGCCAAAGUCUUGGAGCCUCAGCUUCAGGAUCUGUCCUUCCAGUGAGCACUCAGGGCUGAUUUCCUUCCGAAUGGAGAGGUUUGAUCUUCUUGCAGUCCAUGGGACUCUCAAGAGUCUCCUCCAGCACCAGAAUUCAAAAGCAUCCAAUCUUCAGCGAUCAGCCUUCUUUAUGGUCCAGCUCUCACUUCCAUUCAUCACUACUGGGAAAACCAUAGCUUUAACUAUACGGACCUUUAUUGGCAAGGUGAUGUCUCUGCUUUUUAAGAUGCUGUCUAGGUUUGUCAUUGCUUUUCUCCAAGUGGACCUCAGGGGUCACGUGGGGAACCACUAGAGAUGCCCCAUCAGAGGAUGAGCGAUCGAGAUGAAGCCUUAAAAGCCUUUUUCCAAUAGGAGAGCCUCACCAUGCCCUUUUCUGAACCUGGCAAGAUGGAGGGCUGUGGCACAACAACAACAACAACUUAUUUAUACCCUGCCCAUCUGGCUGGGUUUCCCCAGCCACUCUGGGCGGCUCCCAACAGAAUAUUACAAACACGAUAAAACAUCAAACAUUAAAAAUUUCCCUAAGCAGGGCUGCCUUCUAAAAGUCAGAUAGUUGUUUAUUUCCUUGACAUCUGGUGGGAGGGCACCACCACUGAGAAGGCCCUUGCCUGGUUCCCUGUAACCUCACUUCUCGCAGGGAGGGAACCGCCAGAAGGUCCUCGGAAAUGGACCUCAGUGUCCAGGUAGAAAGAUGGGGGUGGAGACGCUCCUUCAGGUAUACUGGGCCGAGUCCAUUCAGGGCUUUCAAGGUCAGCACCAACACUUUGAAUUGUGCUCUGAAACGUACUGGGAGCCAAUGUAGGUCUUUCAGGACCGGUGUUAUAUGGUCUCGGCGGCCGCUCCCAGUCACCAGUCUAGCUGCCGCAUUCUGGAUUAGUUGCAGUUUCCAGGUCACCUCCAAAGGUAGCCCCACGUAGAGCGCAGCAGCUGAAGCUCAAUUUCAGACAGCGCUUCCUGGUUGCUUAAUGCUGUCUUUUGAAAGGUUGUGAUUUGGGGCUCCUUGCAACCGGAGGGUCAGUGUCCUUCGUGACUGGCUGGUAAAUCGCGUACACAAAGACUGUCUCUAAAAUCUGCUAGGCAUCCCAUGGGGGCACCUGGGCCCUAUCACCAUCAAUAUCCACAGAGCCUUUCAGCUGCCGGAUGUGGGAUAAUCCCCCAGGACACUCUCCUUAUAAUCCCUAAUAGGUUGUCUUUAAGCUGCAAAGUGUGACAAUUCAAAUAACAUCCCCAUAUAUUGGGCUUCCGUGACACAUUAUGGAAGUCUGCCGACUUGCGAGAUCGUAUCCUUCUAGGAAUUGGAUGCUGCUCUGUAAAAGAGAAGUUAAUUCCUUGAAAGGGGGAAAGCUGUCAACAGUUCUGGAGGUGCAGUUUUGAGGAUCUGAGCCAGUGAGUGAAAGAGACUGGUUGUUGUUGUUGUUGUUUGUUGUUGUUUCAUCGUGUCCGACUCUUCGUGACCCCCUGGACCAGAGCAUGCCAGGAACUUCUGUCUUCCACUGCCUCCCACAGUUUGGUCAAACUCAUGUUGGCCACUUUGAGAACACUGUCCCACCAUCUCGUCCUCUGUCGUCCCCUUCUCCUUGUGCCUUCCAUCUUUCCCAACAUCAGGGUCUUUUCCAGGGAGUCUUCUCUUCUCAGGAGGUGGCCAAAGUACUGGAGCCUCAGCUUCAGGAUCUGUCCUUCCAGUGAGCACUCAGGGCUGAUUUCCUUCAGAAUGGGGAGGUUUGAUCUUCUUGCAGUCCAUGGGACUCUCAAGAGUCUCCUCCAGCACCAGAAUUCAAAAGCAUCCAAUCUUCAGCGAUCAGCCUUCUUGAUGGUCCAGCUCUCACUUCCAUACAUCACUACUGGGAAAACCAUAGCUGUAACUAUACAGACCUUUGGUGGCAAGGUGAUGUCUCUACUUCUUAAAGAGACCGGUGGAUCAAGCCAAAUCCAGCAUGCUGGUCUCGUAAUGGCCAGCCAGUUGUCCGUGGGAAGCCAGCAAGCAGGAGCCAAGUAUAGCAGCCCUCUCUGCUCCUGUGGUUUCCAGAAACUGGUAUUCAGAAGCUAAAAAAAAAUCUAAAAUCUAAAAAAAUGUAGUAUAAACACCGACAACUGGGAAACACUGGACUGUGAGUGCUCCAGUUGGAGAACAGCCUUUACCAAAGGUGUCUUGGGCUUUGAAGACGCUCGAACUCAGGACGAAAGGGAGGAACGUGCUAAGAGGAAGGCACACUUGGCAAACCCUCACCGGGAUCAACUCCUGCCUGGAAACCAAUGUCCCCACUGUGGAAGGACGUGGGGAUCCAGAAUUGGCCUCCACAGUCACUUACGGACUCACUGUUAAGACCGUGUUUAUGGAAGACGAUCUUACUCGGCUACGAGGGAUCGCCGAAGAAGUGUUGCUGCCUCAAACACUUAGGCAGCAAAUAGGCAAUGAGGCUAGUAAAGGUAAAGGGACCCCUGACCAUUAGGUCCAGUCGUGGCCGACUCUGGGGUUGCGGCGUUCAUCUCGCUUUAUUGGCCGAGGGAGCCGGCGUACAGCUUCCGGGUCAUGUGGCCAGCAGGGCUAAGCCGCUUCUGGCGAACCAGAGCAGCACACGGAAACGCCGUUUACCUUCCCGCCGGAGCAGUACCUAUUUAUCUACUUGCACAUGACGUGCUCUCGAACUGCUACAUUGGCAGGAGCAGGGACCGAGCAACGGGAGCUCACCCCGUCGCGGGGAUUCGAACUGCCGACCUUCUGAUCAGCAAGUCCUAGGCUCUGUGGUUUAACCCACAGCGCCACCCGCGUCCCAGGCAAUGAGGCUAGUAGCCACCAAUUGCUGUCUCCUCCAUGACUUUGUCUAAUCCUCUUUUUAAACCAUCCAGGCUGGUGGGCAUCAGGCCUCUGUGGCUGCGAGUUCCCAUAGUUUAACUAAGUGCUGCGUGAAAAAUGACUUUCUUUUAUCUGCCUUUCAUUGAAUGUCCACGUCUUCUAGAGUUAUGGAAGAGGGGAACUUUUCUCUGCCAGCUUCCUCCAUGUCCAAAAAAUUCUAUAAACUUCUAUCAUGUCACUCGCCUCUUCUCUAAACUGGAAAGUUCCAAAUGCUGCACACUUUUCUGACAAGAGACUUGCUCCACCCAGGGGCGGACCGGGGUAAUCUUUCGUAAUACAGUGGUACCUCAGGUUAAGAACUUAAUUUGUUCCGGAGGUCCGUACUUAACCUGAAACUGUUCUUAACCUGAAGCACCACUUUAGCUAAUCGGGCCUCCUGCUGCUGCCGCACCGCCGGAGCCCGAUUUCUGUUCUCAUCCUGAAGCAAAGUUCUUAACCUGAAGCACUAUUUCUGGGUUAGCGGAGUCUGUAACCUGAAGCGUAUGUAACCUGAAGCGUAUGUAACCCGAGGUACCACUGUACAUCCGACAACCAAGCUUUGACUGUAUCCUUUUUGAGGCGAAGCAGCCAGAAUUGUACACAGCAUUCCAAAUGCUGUUUGACGCCACUUAGAAACCACAGCGCUGAGUGCUAUAGAAAUAUUAAUAAAACCAGCAGUUAAAUCAAUUGAUUGAAGUGCGCACACUAUAAAAUAAAAUUACCGUAUUGGCCUGAAUAUAAGCCUCACUUUUUUGACUUCUGGGUUUUUUUAAGGAGAGGAAUGGCAGUGCCCGGCGCUUCGUCCUACUAAAGACGGGCGCUUUGGGGGUCGAUGAGCGAUGAGGGGAGGUUGCCAGGACUAGGCACCCCCCUUAAAAAACCCUGCAGAAGACCAGGGCUUUGAAGGGGUGCAGCAGAGUCCGUUCUUUCCUCCUGCCGGGACCCAGCUCUCGUAACUGCUUCAGCAGCAGGCGAGGGGCAGUUGAAGUGCGGCUUAUGUUCACGACCUUACGGUAUGCAGCCAGGAGCGCGGGGUAAACAGCGCCAGGAUCGCAGCAAAGCAAUGCCCGCCCCCUGCAUAGUCCCCCAUCCUCUCCCCCAAGGCCGGGAAGCGAGGGAGCGAGAAAUGGAGUGGCUUUUAUUCAGCUAUUUUUUGUCGUCCCCCCUCCAAUUUUAAAGGUGUGGCUUAUAUUCGGGUACGGCUUAUAUUCAGGCCAAUACGGUACAUAUUAAAACCUGCUGGCUUUACAUAUCUGCAUAGGCUUGCCUUACUGAACAGGUUUUUAGCAGGGGCUGAAGGCCGCUGCACCCUAAUAAAAUAAACAGUCAAACAAUAUUUUCUUUUAAAAAAAACAAAACAAGCGUAACAGCAACUUGAAGGACGAACAGCCAUUAUUCCAAGCUGUCGUUGACCUAAUUUUUUGCUCUAAUAACCAGUGGCGUAGCGUGGGGGGUGCAGGGGGGGGCCGGCCGCACCGGGCGCAACAUCUGGGGGGCGCGCUCGCACUCGCAGCUCUCUGCCCUUACCUGGUUCACUCACUCUAGGGGGCGCAAAUUACUUGCCUUGCCCUGGGUGCUGACAACCCACGCUACACCACUGCUAAUAACCAAUAGUUUCGGGGGGGUGGCAUUUAGGAUUUCUACAUGCACCCCUCACAUUCGCAAGCUUCUUCGUUCACUCAGAUGUUCAUUCAUAUAUACAGUGGUACCUCAGGUUAAAUACGCUUCAGGUUACAGACUCUGCUAACCCAGAAAUAUUACCUCAGGUUAAGAACUUUGCUUGAGGAUGAGAACAGAAAUCGGGCUCCGGCGGCGCGGCAGCAGCAGGAGACCCCAUUAGCUAAAGUGGUGCUUCAGGUUAAGAACAGUUUCAGGUUAAGAACGGACCUCCGGAACAAAUUGAAUACUUAACCCGAGGUACCAGUGUGUGUGUGUGUGUGUGUAUAUAUAUAUAUGUGUGUGUGUGUGUGUGUGUAUAUCUAUAUCUAUAUCUAUAUAUGUAUAGAUACACACACACACACACACACACACACACACACACACACAUAUAUGGAAUUCUAUUUCUGUUAUUUACCCUUUUGCGACUCCUAUCUGCAGCCUCCCCUGCUUGCAGGCGGCUGAUAGGGAGCGAUAAUAGGAUUGUAAACUUCUGAAGUUAAUAAGAGAUUGUGCCGCCACGUAUUAAGGGAAGGGGGGGGAGCUUUAAGCCUCUUCCUCUCUUCUCCCAGCGUCACUUACACGGCGGGAUCUUUCCAGCAGCCGCGGUUUUAAUCAUGAAAGUGCCAUGAAAUGUGCGGUGUCACCAAAAGUCUAAAGAAACCGUGACGUUUUCUUGUUUUCUUCUUCUUCUUUUUUGUUUUGUUUUAAAUGCAAUUUCCAAGUCUUUCCUCCUCCCUGGAGGGGAGGGGAAAAACGCAUUCACAACUGUCUAUUUCCAGAUGUGCUGUUAAGAACGCAAGCAGGAAAUCUCCUUGGCUGAAAAGGUGUGGUGUAUAUAUAUAUAUAUAUAUAUAUAUAUAUACAUACACACACACACACACACACACACACGGUGGUACCUUGGUUCUCAAACUCAAUCCAUUCCGGAAGUCCGUUCCAAAACCAAAGCGUUCCAAUACUAAGGCGCGCUUUCCCAUAGAAAGGAAUGCAAAACAGAUUACCGUAUUUUUCUGUGUAUAAGACUGUUUUUUUCCCUUUAAAAUAAUGUCCAAAUUUUGGGGGUGUCAUACACUGAUAGAUCUCCCCCCCUUUCUUAAAUUGGAGUCCCCCAAAAUAGGUGGCAUCUUAUACAUGGAGGUGUCUUAUAGACGGAAAAAUACGGUAAUCGGUUCCAGACUUUUAAAAACAACCCCUAAAACAGCAAUUUACCAUGAAUUUUACUAUCUAACGAGACCCUUGAUCUAUAAAAUGAAAGCAAUAAUCAAUGUACUGUACUUCUUUGGCGAUCCCUUGUAGCCGAGUAAGACUGACUUCCAUAAACACGGUUUUAACAAUGAAUCCGUAAGUGACUGUGGAGGCCAAUUCUGGAUCCACACGUCCUUCCAUAGUGGGGACAUUGGUUUCUGGGCGGGGGUUGAUCACAGUGUGGAUUUGCCAAGCCUGCCUUCCUCUUAGCACGUUUCUCCCUUGCGUCCUGAGCUCGAAUGUUUUCAAAGCCCACGACACCUUUGGUAAAGGCUGUUCUCCAACUGGAGCGCUCGCAGGCCAGUGUUUCCCAGUUGCCGGUGUUUAAACUACAUUUUUAAAGAUUUGCCUUGAGAGAGUCUUUAAACCUCUUUUGUUGACCGCUGGCAUUAUGCUUUCCAUUCUUAAGUUCGGAAUAGAGGAGUUGCUUUGGAAGACGAUCAUCAGGCAUCCGCACAACAUGCCCAGUGCAACAAAGUUGAUGUUGAAGAAUCAUCUCUUUGACACUGGUGUCUUUGCUUCUUCCAGUACACUGGCUUUAAUUCACCUGUCUUCCCAAGUGAUGUGCAAAAAUUUUCGGCGACGCCGCUGAUGGAAUCUUUCGAGGAGUUGGAGAUGGCAUUUACAAGCGGUCCAUGUUUCACAAGCAUACUGAGUCAGACCCCUAUUCCAUCUAACUGAGUGUUGUCUACAGUGGCUGGCAGCAAAUCUCAGGCUGGAAUCUUCCCCCAGCCUACCAGGAUAUGGUUCUGAAUAUGACAGAUCUAGAGAGAAACGCAGGAGGCUGUGCUUGUACCACUGGAUCCAUCUAGCUCAGCAGUUUCCAAACCGACUGAGCUAGGUGGAUUUCAGAUGGGCGCAUUUCCCUACGUUACAUGCACAGCUCGGUUGGUUGGAGCGUGAUGAAGAUAACGCCAAGGUUGCAGGUUCGAUCCCCAGCUGCCUAUUCUUGCAUUGCAGGGGGUUGGGCUAGAUGACCCCCCGGGGUCCCGUCCAACUGUUGUUGUUUAGUCGUUUAGUCGUGUCCGCCUCUUCGUGACCCCCUGGACCAGAGCACACCAGGCACUCCUGUCUUCCACUGCCUCCCACAGUUUGGUCAGACUCAUGCUGGUAGCUUCGAGAACACUGUCCCACCAUCUCAUCCUCUGUCGUCCCCUUCUCCUUGCACCCUCCAUCUUUCCCAGCAUCAGGGUCUUUUCCAGGGAGUCUUCUCUUCUCAUGAGGUGGCCAAAGUCUUGGAGCCUCAGCUUCAGGAUCUGUCCUUCCAGUGAGCACUCAGGGCUGAUUUCCUUCAGAAUGGAGAGGUUUGAUCUUCUUGCAGUCCAUGGGACUCUCAAGAGUCUCCUCCAGCACCAGAAUUCAAAAGCAUCCAUUCUUCGGCGAUCAGCCUUCUUGAUGGUCCAGCUCUCACUUCCAUAUAUCACUACUGGGAAAAGCAUAGCUUUAACUAUACAGACCUUUGUUGGCAAGGUCCAACUCUACAAUUCUAUUAUUUUACAUGGAGAGGCUAGAGAUUGAACCUGGGAUCUAAUGUAUGCAAAGCAGGUGCUUUUCCCACGUAGUUACAAUCCUUGUCCGUGUGGGUUUGUGAGUUGCUUUUUCGUAUUUGGAGACCAGCUUGCCUCAAAGUUAAAAUGCCAUUCCCCCCUGCUCAACCUCCUUUAUCUCUUUUUUUAUUUUUAGAUCAAACUCAAAGAGAUCUUUGAGACUACCUCGCAGAUCACCCUCAUCCUGGAGCUGGUGACAGGUGGCGAGCUGUUUGACAGGUAACCAGCAAGAAGCCCUCCGCCGAACUGGCAGGUUCUUAAUAAAAGGUGACAAAUUGCACCGAGGAAGGGGAAAGGGAUGGUAAUUUGUGUCAGAGCGACCUGCAGAGAAGCCGUGUGUGUUAUUGUGUGUGUGUGUUGGGAUAGAGAGAGGGGGGUGUUGAGGACUACAGUACCCAUAUUUUUCGCUCUAUAAGAUGCACCAGACCACGAGACGCACCUAGUUUUUGGAGGAGGAAAACAAGAAAAAAUAUAUUCUGAAUCUCAGAAGCCAGAACAGCAAGAGGGAUCGCUGCGCAGCGAAAGCAGAGAUCCCUCUUGCUGUUCUGGCUUCUGGGAUAGCUGCGCAGCCUGCAUUCGCUCCAUAAGACGCACACACGUUUCCCCUUACUUUUUAGGAGGGAAAAAGUGAGUCUUAUAGAGCAAAAAAUAUGGUACUUUAUGAUGGCCAUUCUCGACCAUCACUGUCAAUUCCCGCUGCAGAUUCUCUGCGAUCUCUUUUCUCUCCCUCCAUCACACUCACUAAAAAAAAGUUCCGCUCACUCCAGUGCCAGAAAGCUUGUCCUUUCAAAGGCCCAGUUAUCUACAUUUCAUUGCUCCAAGUGUGCAAAGGGCUUCGUUUUUAAACAUGCGCUUUGCACAUGAGCAGAGACAAUCUCGUCUCAUAUACAAAAACUGUAUUUAUUUUUUUAAAUAAAAUGUUGUUUGACAGUUAGCAAAACAAACUCUAUGCAGAGGUACCGGGGCUGCGCUGGUUGAACUCUUUCAAUAUUACUGCUAUUCCAACGAGAGCCAUACUCAGAGGGGACCCAUUUUACCACUCGAGCAGCGUAUAAAUUUUACGAAAUAAACAAAAUGAAUAAAAUAAGUUCAACGGGCCCCCAGAAAUCAAUGCAUCGCCUUGAGGGUGAUGAUGAGGAAUAUGUCCCCAAAUAUUCAAAUCUCCUUUUGCUCUUCCCACUGGUAAAGUAAAGGUAAAGGGACCCCUGACCAUGAGGUCCAGUCGUGACCGACUCUGGGGUUGCGGCGCUCAUCUCGCUUUAUUGGCCGAGGGAGCCGGCGUACAGCUUCCGGGUCAUGUGGCCAGCAGGACUAAGCCGCUUCUGGCAAACCAGAGCAGCGCACGGAAACGCCGUUUACCUUCCCACCUAUUUAUCUACUUGCACUUUGACGUGCUUUCGAACUGCUAGGUUGGCAGGAGCAGGGACCGAGCAACAGGAGCUCACCCCAUCAUUGCGGGGAUUUGAACCACCAACCUUCUGAUCGGCAAGUCCUAGGCUCUGUGGUUUAACCCACAGCGCCACCCGCGUCCCUCCUUCCCACCGGUACCAACCGUAAAUUCAGACCAACUGCAACCUAUAGUUAAGAAGAUCAGGUUCUGAAGCCCUGGGUUCAAAUUAUCCCACUCAGCUAUGAAGCUCACUGGGUGACCUGUCUCAACCUGAUCAACGGGCUGCCGUGAGGAUAAAAUGGGGGGUGGGGAACCACAUGCUUCGCCUUGAGCUCCUUGGGAAGAACGUUGGGUGAUAAAUGUCAAUAAGGCUCAGAAAGGGAGAAUCAAAACAGCCACUUCUGGCGAACCAGAGCAGCGCAAGGAAACGCCAUUUACCUUCCCGCCGGAGCGGUAACUAUUUAACUACUUGCACUCUGACGUUUUUCGAACUGCUAGGUUGGCAGGAGCAGGGACCGAGCAACGGGAGCUCACCCCGUCAUUGCGGGGAUUCGAACCGCCGACCUUCUGAUCGGCAAGUCCUAGGCUCUGUGGUUUAACCCACAGUGCCACCCGGCAAAGUGAAAACAUGGCAACUUUCGAACCCAACACCUUGUGCCAACCUCUGCCCUCUUUCAGGAUCGUUGAACGGGGUUUCUACAGCGAGAAAGACGCAGCUCACGUGGUGAAGCAGAUCCUGGAAGCUGUUUCCGUAAGUCAUCCCUCUCUCCUGUUCGGGUUUUUUCUCUCUCCAGAAGACCCUCCGAGCUGGAUAUCAGUGUCCGGGCUGGACGAUGGGCGUGGAGAUGCUCCUUCAGGUAUACUGGGCCGUUUAGGGCUUGAAAGGUCAGACCCAACACUUUGAAUUGUGCUCACAAACGUUCUGGGAGCCAAUGUAGGUCUUUCAGGACCAGUGUUAUAUGUACAUAAUACUCUGGCUCCAAUACGCUUCCACCACUGACGUUGGAAGCUGAGUACACACAAUGAUGUUAGCAGUCUAUACCCUGCAGAUUCCUGAGAGAUAUUCCUGUUCAGUGUGUAUUUUCCUGCAAACCAGUUUCCCUCCGAAUGGGAAACGGAAACCAUAGUCAUGCUGAGGUGUGUCCCUUUCAGGCAGCCACUGAGCAUGCUCAGAUGAGAGCACACCCUCGGAUGGCUGCUUCAGGGAACCGGAGUUUGGCGCAGGGAAACAAAUCAGGGAAUGGGCAACGGGUGAAAAUUCAAAGACUAUCUUCAGAAACACUGCAAAAUUAAGGAAUGUUAGAGUGAUGUUGGACUGAAAAUAAGUGGUUUCCAGCUGAAAAGGUUAAAGUUAAGGAUAGAUUAAGAUUAAAGAUUAAGAUUAAAGAAGUUUAAAGAAAUGGAAAUUUGAUUUUAAAAGGGAAAAACUUUAAAGCUAUAUGAUAUUAAGAUCAAGGAUUAGGUUUAAAAAAGUUGAAGUUAUAUAUUUUAACAUUUUACUAAAUUAAAGAUUGGGAUUAAAAAAGUGGAAAAGAAACUGCUGGACAAAUAAUGUGGAUUGGAAUACAAAAGAGGGAGGUAUGAGGAAGUCCAGAAAAUAAGUAACUUAAAAUUGGAAAUGGAAAAGAGAGUUUGUUUUUAAUUGUUUUGUGUUUAUAUUGUUAAGUUUUGUAUUGUUUUUUGUGUGUGUUGUUUUUCUUUUUUUGUUGUUUAAAACUUUAAUAAAAAAAUUAUUAAAAAAAAAAAACACAAAUCAGGGAAUGGGCAACGGGUGAAAACACCGAUGCCCUUUUUCUGGUCUGUGCGGCAAAUCACAGAGCGGAGGAACAACCUCACUGAAUUUGAAGUCGCUCAAGUGCGCAUACCCUGCAUUUCAAGGCGGAUUCCUCCCCCAAAUCAGCUUUGCUCCAAACUGAGAAAAAGAACAAACUAGCAGAUAAUGUGUUCACAGCCUUAGUGAAAUACGAGGCCCCCACGACACACAAUCCCCGGGUGCGGGGCAGACCGAAAUUCAGCAACUUCCUCAAAAGUUCCAUUUAUGCUAAUCCUUGCAAAGCUGAGCUGUUGCUUUCUCAUACCUUCCGACGUGAGUGAAAUGGCCACCUCCUGCCUCGCUGGUGUGUGUGUGUGUUUUAUUUCAUUUUUAUUAACUGUCACUAUCUUUUAAAGCUCCCCGUCUUUCCAAUCUCUUGCAAUCGGCAACCUGUGAAAUUAAGAUUGGCACCAGCAGCUCCCUAGGCUGGUAACACAAUUUGCACGGCAUCUGUUGUUUGUUUGGGUGAGAGGAGCCAGAGAAAGCGGAUGCCAAGGGACCACCAGGCGGAACAAAAGGGGGGAGAGGGGGGUUAUUUGCUGUAGGGCAGGACAAGUUAGUCCUGUGAGGGUUAAUAGCUGGCGCACAAAAGGUAAAAGGUAAAGGUCCCCUGGACGGUUAAGUCCAGUCAAAGGUGACUAUGGGGUUGUGGUGCUUAUCUUGCUUUCAGGCCAAGGGAGCCACGUUUGUCCGCAGACAGCUUUCCGGGUCAUGUGGCCAGCGGGACUAAACUGCUUCAGGCGCAUGAUGGAAACCAGAGCACACGAAACGCCAUCUACCUUCCUGCCACAGCCGUACCUAUUUAUUUACUUGCACUUUUGGGCGUGCUUUCGAACUGCUAGGUUGGCAGGAGCAGGGACCGAGCAACAGGAGCUCACCCGUCACUGCGGGGAUUUGAACUGCCAACCUUCUGAUCAGCAAGUCCUAGGCUCUGUGGUUUAACCCACAGCGCCACCCACGUCCCAUUUAGGAAAAGUUAAAAGGUAAAGGAACCCCUGAUCAUUAGGUCCAGUCGCGGACGACUCUGGGGUUGCGGCGCUCAUCUUGCUUUAUUGGUUGAGGGAGCCGGCGUACAGCUUCCGGGUCAUGUGGCCAGCAGGACUAAGCCGCUUCUGGCGAACCAGAGCAGCGCACGGAAACGCCGUUUACCUUCCCGCCGGAGCAGUACCUAUUUAUCUACUUGCACUCUGACGUGCUUUUGAACUGCUAGGUUGGCAGGAGCUGGGACAGAGCAAUGGGAGCUCACCCCGUCAUUGCGGGGAUUCGAACCGCCGACCUUCCGAUCGGCAAGCCCAAGAGGCUCAGUGGUUUAGACCACAGCGCCACCCGCAUCCCUCCUGGAACACAAAUGCACACCUGGUAAGGACCCAUCUCACCUGGGCAAUCAGCACUAAGCUACCUUCAGCACCAGAGAUCAGCUGACCUUUAGGAGAGGUCAGCUGAUGCCAUAGGCUCUUUAAAACAUGAGCCCAGAAGUUCAAGAGGAGUCGGUGUGCAUGUCUCUGUAAAGAUACAUAUGUCUGUUUGUCUAUCUUCUGGGUUGUAUGUGGCUAAGUUCUACUCCAAGAAGACACCUAAGGUAGAGGCUUCCUCAAACUCGAGACUACAAUUUCCAUCAUCCCUGACCACUGGUCCUGCUAGCUAGGGAUCACAGGAGUUGUAGGCCAAAAAUAUCUGGAGGGCCGAGUUUGAGGAAGCCUGCCUUACGCGGUAUCUAAGAGCCCGUAUAGAAUCCUUAUGUAGGUUCUCUAUCGGUAGGAGAAAAUAACAGAGUCCAACCAGAGAAUAUUGAGAAGCAAAGCAGCUAGUAAGCCUGAUCUUUAUUAAACUGUUGGAAAAGGGUCCCCCACUCCCCCACACAGGGAAGGAGGAGGAACCCAGAAGGAUGUUGUGUAAGCCCUUAUAUAGACUUUUGAAAUUGCCUCCCCUGUAGCUCAAGUCCACCUCCCAAAACAUCAUACAUACAUCACAGAAGGGGAGGUCUACAGCAGAAUCCUGUCUGGCAGGAAACCUGUUAACCUGGAUUUACCUGGCCAGCCUGGCCAUUCUUUUGUGAUGAUAAAUACUUAAUUCCUGAGUGCAGGUCACAGGCUCACCCUAUUCAUAUACAAAUGUGCCCUUAAGGCAGGAUUUGUGAGCCGAGAGACAAGGCUUUUCCCAUUUCCAUCCAAACUGCAGAAGAAUAUUUGAGGUCACUGAAAGAGUCAAAAUGGCUUUAGGACUGUUUUCCUGCACUGUUUCAGACAUGUGGUUUCUAUAUUUAUGUAUGUGUUUGCCUGGUACAUUUAUGAACAUUUAUUUUAUAUCUUAGUCCUUGUAAUUCUCAUAACAGUAAGGUAAAGGUAAAGGGACCCCUGACCAUUAGGUCCAGUCGUGACCGACUCUGGGGUUGCGGCGCUCAUAUCACUUUAUUGGCCAAGGGAGCCGGCGUACAGCUUCCGGGUCAUGUGGCCAGCAUGACUAAGCCGCUUCUGGCGAACCAGAGCAGCGCACGGAAACGCCGUCUACCUUCCCGCCGGAGCGGUACCUAUUUAUCUACUUGCACUUGGACGUGCUUUUGAACUACUAGGUUGGCAGGAGCAGGGACAGAGCAACGGGAGCUCACCCCGUCAUUGCGGGGAUUCGAACCGCCGACCUUCUGAUCAGCAAGUCCUAGGCUCUGUAGUUUAACCCACAGCGCCACCGUGUCUGCUCCGAGUUGGACUAACAUUGGCCACAUGUAUACGUAUAUUACAUGUGGUGCUUUUUUCUUUAAAAAAAUGUUUAGGUAAAGGUACCCCUGCCCGUACGGGCCAGUCGUGUCCGACUCUAGGGUUGUGCGCUCAUCUCACUCUAUAGGCCGGGAGCCAGCGCUGUCCGCAGACACUUCCAGGUCACGUGGCCAGUGUGACAAGCUGCAUCUGGUGAGCCAGCGCAGCACACAGAACGCCGUUUACCUUCCCGCUGGUAAGCGGUCCCUAUUUAUCUACUUGCACCCGGAGGUGCUUUCGAACUGCUAGGUUGGCAGGAGCUGGGACCGAACGACGGGAGCGCACCCCGCCAUGGGGAUUCGAACCGCCGACCAUGCGAUCGGCAAGUCCUAGGCGCUGAGGUUUUACCCACAGCGCCACCCGCGUCCCACCCAUUUUGACGCGAGAAAAUCACCAUUUUAUCAGGAAAAAUAAAUACAGUAAAUGGACAAAAGUACGAAGAUUCACAAAAUGCUUGAGGUGUCCGUACCCCCCAGGAAAAAAAGCACUGAUUACACGUGUGUGAGAGAAUCUUAUAUAUAUAUUUGGCACAUGCAGAUAUAUCUACGUACAGAGAAUAUUAGCUAGGUCACCCUUUCUCUUUAUUAAAGGUCAGUGUGAGACUGUUUCCAUGGAAACCAAGGGUAUUUUUUUUUUCCUUCUUCCUUUCUUUUUGGUUUUUAAUGAGGUGAGGAAAAUCCUAAAGGACAGUAUCCCACGUAAAUGCUCUGCGGAGAUUUCGACUGCACCAUUCUGCACAGGCAGAAUAAUAGCGCCCUAGCAGCAAAAGAUUAAAGCAGCCUGCAAGUUGAGUGAAUCGUACAAAUGGCUUGCAGACUCUAGGGGGCAAAAAUAAAAGCAAAGUUCGGCUUGUAACAGUUUGGGUGGAUUUUGACAACUGUCACGGAUCGUCUCCCGUGUUGAAACCGGUUGCCCUGAAAUUUCUGUGUUCUCCCUACGCUGUCGGGGGCAGCGAGGCCUCUGAACACCAGUUUCUGGGAACCUCAAAUGUGUAGAAAGUGUUAGGUUGUGGGUGAACAUAUCAGACGACACAGCGAUUCUUCCAAAGCAGCUCUUUAUUUGUAAGCUGGAACAGAACUGAGCUGAGGAGCUCAGUGAGCCUGCUUAUAUAGAGCUCCCCUAGAAUGCAACAGUAACCAUUUUCUGUAACUAGCCAAUCACUGAACGUCACUUUCGAUCCUUCAUUUGCAUACAAACUAUCCAAUCACUGAACGUCACUUUCGAUCCUUCAUUUGCAUAACUAUCUACAGUAUCCCCCUGCUGGCCCAGGGUGAGAACUUCAGUACAUAACAGAAAGUACAGUGGUACCUUCGUUCUCAAACUUAAUCCAUUCCGGAAGUCCGUUCCGAAACCAAAGCGUUCCAAAACCAAGGCUCGCUUUCCCAUGAUGCAUGUAACCCAAGGAAAUGUUGAAUAAAAGCAAUUUAAAUAACACCACCUGGAGGGUAUUUUCACCUUUCCCCUCGUUGUCUUCCGCAGUAUUUGCACGCAAAUGGCGUGGUCCACCGUGACCUGAAACCGGAGAAUCUCCUCUACGCAGAUCUCUCUCCAGAUGCUCCUCUCAAAAUUGGUACGUUCCCCCACCACCACCUCCAAAAUGAUUUCCCAGGCAAAUGUUCUGUUUUGUCUCAUAAUAUUUCCUUCUGGCCCCAUGCCAACUCUGGGCAUCUAAGGGAACCAGAGGGGUCUGGAUCAGUGUUUCCCAAACUUUUGGUCUCCGGCGGUUUUUGGACUACAAUUCCCAUCAUUCCUGCUACCUAGGGAUGAUGGGAGUUGUAGUCCAAAAACAGCAGGAGACCCAAGUUUGGGAAAACACCGUUCUGGAUCUUUUGAGAGGCUGCGCUUCCUUGGCCACGUCUCACCUGAGUGCAGCUAUCCUAGUGGGAAAGAUUGGGGGUGCGGAGAACAGAGCUCGUCCCAUUUGUUUUAACGGGGUCGCCUUUGAAAUAUGUCAAUAUGGGUACAAUAUGGGUACUCAUAUAUGUCAAUAUGAGUACAAUAUGGGCAUGUCUUUAAGUUAACAUCUUACAUUAAAAACCUGACAGUACCAAACUAUCGAAGGCUUUUCACCAAAGCCAGACUAAACGUCUUUCCUUAUGCAGUGUUGGAUGGCAGGUUGAAAGGAGUUCCCUACCAGGACAGACUUUGCUCGUGUGCCCAAGACAUCGAUUCCAUAAAACAUAUUUUGUUGCACUGUGCAAAAUAUGAGCAAGCCAGGGCUGAACUGAUACUACCCUUGCUGGUAUCUUUCUUGGGAAAAUCAGAGGCUCGCUAUGUCAGGUUCCUAUUGGAAGACUUGACAAACGCUAGAUCAUUAGCUGUGGCAAAGUUUUUAUCGGUGGUUGCAAGAACCAAUGAUCCCUAUAUUCUGAACAAAAUGCUUGUUUAACCUGGAGGUAGGCUGUCUGAAUUGUGUAUUGCUUUGUAACGAUUUGUUGGGUCUCUGGACCGUAAUAAAGAUUGUUGUUGUUGAUGUUGAAAUAUGUCCCUCCCUCUCCAUUUUGCACCAGGUGAUUUUGGACUGUCCAAGAUUGUGGAUGAGCAGGACACGAUGAAGACAGUGUGUGGCACCCCCGGAUACUGUGGUGAGUGGGUGAAAGCAGAGAUAGACCCAGCUUGUUUAGGGGCUGUCGAAACUAGAACUCUGUGCCAAGAGAGAGGGCAUAAUAUACAGUGGUACCUCGGAUUACAUACGCUUCAGGUUACAGAUUCUGCUAACCCAGUUAUAGUGCUUCAGGUUAAGAACAAUGCCAUUAUUAUUAUUAUUAAAGCAAAGACGAAGGACAGGAUAGAAAAUAAUAAUAAUAAUAAUAAUAAUAAUGGCAUUGUUUUGCUGUUUUGUUUUAAUUAUCUCCUUGUUUUUAUCCUGCAUUUUAUUCCGUGAACCACACUGAGAUCGUAUGAUGAAGGGCAGUAUAUAAAUUUAGUAAAUAAAUAUUAAAUUUGUCAGGAACCCCCCCCCAACCUGGAGUCCUGUGUCCAGUUCUGGGCACCACAGUUUUAGAAGGACAUUCCCUCACAGGGAACCAGGCAGAGGGCCUUCUCGGUAGUGGCACCCGCCCUGUGGAACACCCUCCCAGCAGAUGUCAAGGAAAUAAACAACUAUCUGACAUUUAGAAGACAUCUGAAGGCAACCCUGUUUAGGGAAGUUUUGAAUGACCGACGUUUUAAUGUAUUUUUAAUCUUUUGUUGGAAGCCGCCCAGAGUGGCUGGGGAAACCCAGCCAGAUGAGCAGGGUAUAAAUAAAAAUUAUUAUUAUUAUUAUUAUUAUUAUUAUUAUUAUUGGCAAGCUAGAACGUUCACAGAGGAGGGCGACCGAGAUGAUAAAUGGUCUGGGAACCAUUGAGUUGAGGGGGUUGGGGGUGUUUUUCUCCUGGAGAAGACUUGGGAGGGGACACGGCACGAAUUCGCAGAUCACUGCAAGGAUUGAAUUUAAGACGGGGAAACUGAAUUGGACGGAUCCUUCCAGCCCUGCAAAAAUCUGUGCCUGACCUUGUGAGCUUUUCCCUUCCUCCUCCUCCACCAGGAGCUAAGUUUUUCUCACCCUUUCGAAAUCUCAUGCACACAUGCAACUCACUGGGGAAUAAGUGGUAAAUUAAGAAUAUGCCCCGCUGCUGCUGCUGCUGCUGCUGCCUCCUCCUCCGCCUUGGCAGCUUCCAAAGGAUGCAAGCCUGUCAACGCCUCCCACAAACUAACUGCGGCAGGUGUGAAAGGAUGGCUGAGCGCGAAAGGAGCAGAGGGGGGGGGAGAGAGAGAGAGGAACGGGUGGGCGAAGGAUGAUGCAUAUGCUAGCUGCCUGUGCUCCUAUCUUUUUUCCAAUUUUAUUUCACUCUUCCAACGCCUCCAGCACCCGAGAUUCUCCACGGUUCUCCCUACGGCCCAGAAGUGGAUAUGUGGUCUGUCGGUGUCAUCACAUAUAUCUUGUGAGUAACGUUAAAAUGCUUUGACACAUCGCGAUUCCUCCUUCCUCUCCCCUCCUUCCAGCUUCAUCCGUGCGCAGGCCCAAUGGGCGAAACGCCUUUGCCUCUACAGUGGUACCUUGGUACUCAAAUGGUUUAAAGGUAAAGGUAAAGGGACCCCUGACCAUUAGGUCCAGUCGUGGCCGACUCUGGGGUUGCGGCGCUCAUCUCGCUUUAUUGGCCGAGGGAGCCGGCGUACAGCUUCUGGGUCAUGUGGCCAGCAGGACUAAGCCGCUUCUGGCGAACCAGAGCAGCGCAUGGAAACGCCGUUUACCUUCCUGCCAGAGCGGUACCUAUUUAUCUACUUGCACUUUGACGUGCUUUCAGACUGCUAGGUUGGCAGGAGCAGGGACCGAACAACGAGAGCUCACCUCGUCAUUGCAGGGAUUCGAACCGCCGACCAUCUGAUCGACAAGUCCUAGGCUCUGUGGUUUAACCCACAGCGCCACCCGUGUCCCUGGUUUAGCUGCUGAACAAAUCAGCUCCCAAACGCCGCAAACCCGGAAGCGGGUGUUCCGGUUUGCAAACGUUUUUCAAAGCCAAACAUCCAUCGCGGCUUCCGAUUGAGUGCAGGAAGCUCCCGCAGCCAAUCGGAAGCUGCGCCUUGGUUUUCAAACAGUUCCGGGAGUAUGGGACAGCUGCAUAUUCCUGCACUGGACUAGAUGAUCCUCAAGGUCCCUUCCAACUCUACUGUUCUACGAUUCCUUGAUUCUCAAGGCAGCUCCCCACGGACUGGAGCCCUAAGCCAUUUCUAAGUCACCUCUAGCUAAGGUAUGAGAACGUUUGCAUAGGGAUAAAGACAUCCCACUGAUGUGUGGGAAUGUUCAGGAUGGCAGGAGAGGAUAUAUUGUUUAUUAAUAUCCUUCCUAACUUGCACUAGCAAGUUCCUUUACUUAGCAGAGUUACAUUCCCCUUUUUACAUGCCCAGCAGAUAGCUGGUUGCAGGCUCGUGUGAGCCUCUCACUAUUAUACAACUCAGUCUGCCUUCAGAUUGAAUUGUACAUUCCUUGUAAGUUUCCUUGAAUCCCUCUUAUAAGAAUAAAGAAGCCACAAUCUUAUUCAAAGUCAAUAAAAGAAGUUGACUCACAUCAUUUCACAGUUGGAUUCCUAAAGGCAGACUUGGUUACAAAUAUGUACAUGUGGAUCUACCCCAUAAGGGGGAAUAAUCCCAGUGCUUCUGCUAGCAGAGUAAAAAGGUAAAGGGACCCCUGACCAUUAGGUCCAGUCGUGACCGACUCUGGGGUUGCGGCGCUCAUCUCGCUUUACUGGCUGAGGGAGCCGGCGUACAGCUUCCGGGUCAUGUGGCCAGCAGGACUAAGCAGCUUCUGGCGAACCAGAGCAGCGCACGGAAACGCCGUUUACCUUCCCGCAGGAGUGGUACCUAUUUAUCUACUUGCACUUUGACGUGCUUUCGAACUGCUAGGUUGGCAGGAGCAGGGACCGAACAACAGGAGCUCACCCCGUCGCGGGGAUUCGAACUGCCGACCUUCUGAUCGGCAAGUCCUAGGCUCUGUGGUUUCCUAGCUAAAAGCUAGUCAAAAAAAGAAGGAAGUAAAAAAGAGAGAGAGAGAGAUUGCUGCGUGACUCGUCCUUUUGUUACCUGGACAGUUUAGGUCACGGCCACCUUCUAUCACAUGCAAAAGGAAGGAUGCUCCAGCCAGGAGGAACAGGAAGCUUCUCCUGGCUGGUCCAAACACUCCCUCGCAUGUUUUCUCUAGCGUUACCAGGAAUGUUGUACUUGACCGCCUCUCAUGGAUCACAUCCCACACGAUGCCCCUCUGGCAUGUACACAAACAGAAAGCGAACCUGACACGAAUGAAGCUGUGCUGAUGUGAACAGCUGGCGGGAGGGAGCUUGCAGGACACGCUGUUGUUUUGUGGGGGGGGAGAGUACUUCACUAAGGCGGUACUGUGACAUGAAUCCCCCUCCCCCCCGAGAACUGCAUGCAUCGAAACCCAGAGGGAUCAGGGUGACGGAUGUAGCAAGAGUAAGGUUAGCCACUUUCUGCACCACCCCUCGCAGCGACACUGACAAAGGGAGGCUUGACCUCCUUUCUCUCUCCUGCCCGCUGCCGCUGUUUCCAUUGACCUAAAUGGAACAGAUGGCGGUCACAGCCCGUCAAAAUAUGUUGGGUUUCCAUUGGUUUGGCUUGUUAGGAUUUACACACACACACACAAUCUCUAGCCAAGUUGAAAGUAAACGCAGCCCUGAGGCUUUUUGCUUAAACAUUUCAGCAGCAAGCAGAUGAUUAUUUUUUCCCCAAAAACUCCCUCCCCCCCCGACUGAAUAGACACUGAUGCUGAGGAGAGCCAAGCAGCAGAUGUGUGUGUGUGUUUUAAGAGACGCAGGUGGCACUGUGGUCUAAACCACUGAGCCUCUUGGGCUUGCUGAUCGGAAGGUCGGUGGUUCGAAUCCCCGCGAAGGGGUGAACUCCCGUUGCUCCUGCCAACCUAGCAGUUUGAAAGCAUGCCAGUGCAAGUAGAUAAAUAGGUACAGCUGCGGCGGGAAGGUAAACGGCGUUUCUGCGCGCUCUGGUUUCUGUCACGGUGUCCUGUUGUGCCAGAAAUGGUUUAGUCCUGCUGGCCACAUGACCUUUAAAGCUGUCUGUGAACAAACGCCGGCUCCCUCGGCCUGAAAGCGAGAUGAGCGCUGCAACUCCGUAGUCGCCUUUGACUGGGGUCCUUUACCAUAUUUUAAGCCUAUGUUGCAGCAAAGGAAGCAUGAACUUGAAAAACAUGCUGCCCCCCUCGAACGUCAGAUCCAUUACUUCACCAGUGGAAUCUUCAGAGGGUUAGGAUUCUGCAAGGACUGGUGCCCAGUUAUUGAAACCUGAGUCGAUUAGUCAUACGAGUUUUGCAAGUAGAUUGAUGGAUCGUUCAGUUGCACUUCGGUAUUUUGUGGGCUGGUGGGGGUGGCAUAGUUCUGGAGCCCUAGUUAUUCUUUGUAUGUGUGCCUGCUGAAAUCAUGUGGUUUAGCAAUUACCGUAUUUUUUGCUCUAUAAGACUCACUUUUCCCCUCCUAAAAAGUAAGGGGAAAUGUGUGUGCGUCUUAUGGAGCGAAUGCAGGCUGCGCAGCUAUCCCAGAAGCCAGAAGAGCAAGAGGGAUUGCUGCUUGCACUGUGCAGCGAUCCCUCUUGCUGUUGUGGCUUCUGAGAUUCAGAAUAUUGUUUUUCUUGUUUUCCUCCUCCAAAAACUAGGUGCAUCUUGUGGUCUGGUGCGUCUUAUAGAGUGAAAAAUACGGUAAUUCCUCUUCCCAGAUCAGUAACUCACAGAGAGAGGUAGCGGGCAUAAUCCUCAGGUAUUUAGAGCUUUAUUAAUUUGAGGGUAACUACAACACACGUCGGCCUGUGUGUGUCCGUUUAUCAUCACCUUUCUCCUCAAUAUUUUAUGUAAACCAUUUACAGGUGUUUUAUUAUUAUUAUUCUGUUCUUUUAAAAAAAAUUUCCCCAGGCUGUGCGGCUUCGAGCCUUUUUUUGACCCGAGAGGAGACCAAUAUAUGUACAGCAGGAUCCUAAACUGUGACUACGAGUUUGUCUCUCCCUGGUGGGAUGAAGUGUCUCUCAACGCCAAGGAUUUGGUGAGUUGCUUUGAGCCCUACCCAGACAAGGGAGCCAGCUUGUGGGAAUGUUCAGGGUGGCAGGAGAGGAUAUUGUUGUUGUUGUUGUUUAGUCGUUUAGUUGUGUCCGACUCUUUGUGACCUCCUGGACCAGAGCACGCCAGGCACUUCUGUCUUCCACUGCCUCCCGCAGUUUGGUCAAACUCAUGCUGGUAGCUUCGAGAACACUGUCCAGCCAUCUCGUCCUCUGUCUUCCCCUUCUCCUUGUGCCCUCCAUCUUUCCCAGCAUCAGGGUCUUUUCCAGGGAGUCUUCUCUUCUCAUGAGGUGGCCAAAGUCUUGGAGCCUCAGCUUCAGGAUCUGUCCUUCCAGUGAGCACUCAGGGCUGAUUUCCUUAAGAAUGGAUAGGUUUGAUCUUCUCGCAGUCCAUGGGACUCUCAAGAGUCUCCUCCAGCACCAGAAUUCAAAAGCAUCCAUUCUUCGGUGAUCAGCCUUCUUUAUGGUCCAGCUCUCACUUCCAUACAUCACUACUGGGAAAACCAGAGCUUUAACUAUAUUGUUUAUUAAUAUCCUUCCUAACUUGCAUUAGCAAGUUACUUUACUUAGCAGAGUGCAUUCCCCUUUACACAGCAGAAAACUGGUUGCAAACUCGUGUGAGUUUCUUAAGACAAUACGCAAUUCAAGCUGGCUUGUCCAGGUUGAAAUGUGUUCUAAUAUUUUCCUGGUAAGACCCCUUUGUAGUGAUCAGGUGGGAUUGCUAUGAGGAAUUAUAACAAAUACAGAGAAAGCCAUCUGUGUCAGCAAUGAAAGCAUUGCGUUGACUGGGUUUAAACUAUUUUGAUAUGAUUCUUGAUCAGUCCACACCUCUGCAUCCCUGUUCCAUGGAUCCCGCUGGCUGUUUUGGCUUCCUCUUUAGCCCUACGCAACCUCUCCCUCAUGGGAGAAGCUGCGCGGGGCUAAAGAAGCCAUAGCCCCGUGCAGCCUCUCCCUGCCGGAAGGGCUGCGCGCAGCUAUCCCUGAAGCCUGGAGAGCGAGAGGGGUCGGUGCGCACCGAUGCCUCUCGCUCUCCAGGCUUCAGCGAAAGCAACGCGAAGCCUUUGGAGCAUGGAGGGAGUGCUCCCUCUGCGCUUCGGAGGCUUAGCGUUGCUAUAGCUGAAGCCAAGGAGCCUGCAUUCGCUCCAUAGGACGCACACACAUUUCCCCUCUAUUUUUGGAGGGGGGAAGUGCAUCCUAUAGAGCGAAAAAUACGGUAAUAAUGUCAAGCAUCCAAGCCUCUGAGCAGAAUCAAGGCAUCCAGGCCUCAUCACCCACCUUGUCAUGGCUGGUCUUUUCCAGGUUCAGAAACUGAUCGUUCUGGACCCCCAGAAGAGGCUCACAGUGCAACAGGCUCUGGAGCACCCCUGGGUGAUGGGCAAAGCUGCCAAGUUCGCCCACAUGGACAGCACACAGAAGAAGCUGCAGGAGUUCAACGCGAGGCGCAAGCUGAAGGUAAUGGCACAAAGAGCUCCGGCGGGGCUGGCAUAGUGAUGGAGGCAAUAAGCUGAAGCCGAGGAGCGCAAUCUCUAAAACACAGCCACUAUGUACACACAUGCGCUGCAGUCUUACCAGUCUUACUCCUCUUCUUUCGUUUGUUGUUGUUGUUUAGUCAUUUAGUUGUGUCCGACUCUUCGUGACCCCCUGGACCAGAGCACGCCAGGCACUCCUGUCUUCCACUGCCUCCCGCAGUUUGGUCAAACUCAUAUUGGUAGCUUCGAGAACACUGUCCCGCCAUCUCGUCCUCCGUCGUCCCCUUCUCCUUGUGCCCUCCAUCUUUCCCAGCAUCAGGGUCUUUUCCAGGGAGUCUUCUCUUCUCAUGAGGUGGCCAAAGUCUUGGAGCCUCAGCUUCAGGAUCUGUCCUUCCAGUGAGCACUCAGGGCUGAUUUCCUUCGGAAUGGAGAGGUUUGAUCUUCUUGCAGUCCAUGGGACUCUCAAGAGUCUCCUCCAGCACCAGAAUUCAAAAGCAUCCAUUCUUUGGCGAUCAGCCUUUUUUAUGGUCCAGCUCUCACUUCCAUACAUCACUACUGGCUUCUUUCAUUACAAGCACAUAAACAACAACAGAAACUUGCCACAGAAUACGGUGGCUGGUAGCUUUCUUAACUUGGUAGGCGUUGCAGUUUUUAACCUCGCUGCUAACGUCCCUGUGGAGAUGGCAGUCCCGAAUUGGUGGCGCAUGCCCUUCUGGCUUGCACUCCUUAUAAAGACUUGAGGAAUGAUAUUAUCACCCCUCUUUUAUUGUCCAUUCUGGGUCGCCCAGCCACUGCCACAGUGUCCUUUCUCUUGGCAGAUCAAGAUGAACAGGUGACAGCAAAGGUGGCAAGGUUUUUAGCUGGGGCAAUCAGAAUAAGGUCCACUAUUUGACUGCUGAUUCAGGACCCUAAAAUGUAUUUUAUACAAUUGAUUUUUUAUUUCUAUUCUUUGUAUAUCCUAUUGUUGUUUUAUUGAUUGUUCUUAGGUAAAUAUACUAGCGUUGAUACUACGUCAAAUGCCUUGUGACUCCAACGUUUUGGCUCCCAAAGCCACAAACCCGGAAGUAAGUGUUCCGGUUUGCAAACUUUUUUUGGAAGCCAAACGUCCAACGCGGCUUCCGCUUGAGUGCAGGAAGCUCCCGCAGCCAAUUGGAAGCAACGCCUUGGUUUUGGAACGUUUUCGGGAGUCAAACCAAAGUAUGACUGUACUAAUAUUAAGUUAUGGCAAUAAUUGGUGAGAAUAUUUUUUUAAAAAAUUGAUUCCCCUCUUCUCAACGUGUCUUACACAGGCUGCGAUGAAAGCUGUGGUAGCAUCUAGCCGGCUUGGCAAUCACGGCCACCAUGACAGCUCCAGGAACGGACGGCACCAAGACACCCCCAAGGAACCGGGACUGGUCGAAGGAGCAAGGGGCGCCCUCCUCCUCGAGGACAACGCUUACAAGAAGACGCCCUCCAGGACCGGCGGGGUGGCGGAUCCUACUCCAGCUGCCUCAGAGAAGCUCGACGAGAGCCACGGUGCCACGGCCGCAGCACUCAACGGCUCCAGCGGCGAAAGUUAG